CAAUUCCUACAAAAGCUCGCUGCAUUCAACAUCAUUGAAUCGGAUUGAACUACAAUCAGCAGUUUUUCGUAAAUAGUCUUGAUACCCUAUACCACGCGAUCUCUUAAUUCCCCGCGACUACCACCAACCGUCCCCUACCUCGCAAACAAGUCGUACCAAGCAAGACGACAUCAUGGCGGUGCGUGCGCAGUUCGAGAACUCCAACGAGGUCGGUGUCUUUGCGACUUUAACCAACUCAUAUGCCUUGACUGCAGUAGGCGCCAGCGAGAACUUCUACAGUGUCUUUGAAGCAGAGCUGCAAGAUGUUAUUCCCAUUUGCCGGACGACCAUCGCAGGCACACGCAUCAUCGGGCGGUUAACAACGGGAAACCGCAAGGGCCUGCUCGUGCCCACAUCAACAACAGACCAAGAGCUGCAACAUUUACGCAAUUCUCUACCCGACGAAAUUCGCAUUCAGCGCAUCGAGGAGCGCCUGUCAGCCCUCGGCAACGUCAUCGUUGCCAAUGACCACAUCGCCUUGAUCCACCCGGACCUGGAGCGCGAAACGGAGGAAAUCAUCGCCGACGUGCUGGGUGUCGAGGUAUUCAGGCAGACUAUCGCCGACAAUGUGUUAGUGGGUAGCUACAUGUCGCUGAGCAAUCAAGGUGGCCUCGUCCACCCCAAGACGAGUAUACAGGACCAGGAUGAGCUGAGCAGUCUGCUUCAAGUGCCCCUCGUGGCUGGCAGCGUGAAUCGCGGCAGCAAUGUUGUGGGAGCGGGCAUGGUGGUCAAUGACUGGAUGGCCGUUACAGGUCUGGACACCACUGCGACCGAGCUUAGUGUGAUCGAGAGUGUGUUCAGACUGGGCGAGGGCGCGGCCCCAGGCAACAUUAGCGGCAGCAUGAAGGAUACCAUGGUAGAGAGUUUCUACUAGAGGAGCUGAGCUGCGAGACGAGAUGAAGGCGAGUACGGUGUGGGUAGGGCAAGGAUUCUCGAGUACUUUGGCUCGGGCUUUGUGCCGUGCGGAUGUACGUGCCCUUGAUGGCCGUGGCCAAUGGAGGAUGGCUUUAUUUAUGCGGCGCUGAGGCUCAGGCCCGUGAUGAUGGGCCCAGCCGGAGAAAAUAGUGAUAUAUGAGAAUCGAGCUUCCAGGUCGCCCCUCAAUUAUUGAAAGCCUGUCGUCGAAGAUCACCCAUUACUGGUUGUAUCUGUGACUGCUAGUAUAUGAAUGAAAUUCAACGCAUCGCCGUCGCCAUCGAGUCAGACUACCAUAAAAACUACGUACGCUGGAUUAAGGAUUCUGUUCUGAAUCAUCUCAAAAUAAUAAGCGUGUCUACACGCGCAGGUGCAGUUCCUGAAUCCAUCUACUCUUCUUUUUCU